CCCUCACCCCUGGCGGGGCGGCCCCGGGCGGGCCGGCGGGGCGCCCGGUGCAGAUGAACCUGUACGCGACCUGGGAGGUGGAUCGCAGCUCGCCCAGUUGCGUGCCCAGGUUGUUCAGCUUGACCCUGAAGAAGCUUAUCAUGUUGAAGGAGAUGGACAAGGACCUAAACUCGGUGGUGAUCGCUGUGAAGCUGCAGGGCUCAAAGAGGAUCCUGAGAUCCAAUGAGAUUGUCCUGCCGGUCAGCGGACUUGUAGAAACAGAGCUUCAGCUGACCUUCUCGCUACAGUAUCCCCACUUCCUGAAGCGAGAUGCCAACAAACUGCAGAUCAUGCUGCAGAGAAGGAAGAGAUACAAAAACCGGACCAUCCUGGGCUACAAGACUCUGGCUGUUGGGCUCAUCAACAUGGCUGAGGUCAUGCAGCACCCCAGUGAAGGAGCUCUGGUGCUUGGACUCCACAGUAACGUGAAGGACGUAUCUGUGCCCGUUGCUGAGAUUAAAAUCUACUCUCUGUCCAGCCAGCCAAUCGACCACGAAGGGCUCAAGUCAAAACUGUCCGAUCGGUCCCCCGACAUCGACAACUACUCGGAAGAGGAGGAGGAGAGCUUCUCCUCGGAGCAGGAGGGCAGCGACGAUCCCCUACAUGGACAGGACUUGUUUUACGAAGACGAGGAUCUCCGGAAGGUGAAGAAAACGAGGAGGAAACUGGCCUCGGCCUCGGCGGUCACUCGGCAGCCAAAUAUAAAGCAGAAGUUUGUGGCGUUACUGAAGAGGUUCAAGGUGUCGGACGAGGUUGGCUUUGGCCUGGAGCACGUCUCCAGGGAGCAGAUCCGAGAGGUGGAGGAGGACCUGGACGAGCUGUACGACAGCCUGGAGAUGUACAACCCCAGCGACAGUGGCCCAGAGAUGGAGGAGACGGAGAGCAUCCUCAGCACGCCCAAGCCCAAGCUCAAGCCUUUCUUCGAGGGAAUGUCUCAGUCCAGCUCCCAGACAGAAAUUGGAAGCCUUAACAGCAAGGGGAGCCUGGGCAAAGAUGCCACCAGCCCGAUGGACGCAGCCGUCGGGGACAAGUUGAAACCUUCGCGGAGUAAAAACCUGGACGACAGCCUCAGCGAAAUAGACACCCUGGAAGCAAGCGAACAGGACACGUUCGGAGACUCCAGCACCAUGUUAAUCAUCCCCGAAAAAGUCAAGACACCCAUGAAGAGCAGCAAGGGGGAGCUUCAGAGCAUGGCAUCACCCAGCAAAAUGGAAGGUGCAGCGCACACGCCCCGGCAGAAGAGAAGCACCCCGCUGAAGGAGAGACAGCUCUCCAAGCCCCUGAGCGAACGGACCAACAGCUCGGACAGCGAGAGGUCCCCGGACCUGGGCCAUAGCACACAGAUUCCUCGCAAGAUUGUCUAUGACCAGCUGAACCAGAUCCUGGUGUCGGACACGGCCCUCCCCGAGAACAUCAUCCUGGUGAAUGCGGCCGAUUGGCAAGGCCAGUAUGUGGCCGAGCUGCUCCGGGACCAGAAGAAGCCAGUCGUGUGCACAUGCUCCACCGUGGAAGUACAGGCCGUCCUGUCCGCUGUACUCACCAGGAUCCAGAGAUACUGCAACUGCAACUCCUCCGUGCCGCGGCCCGUGAAGGUGGUGGCUGUGGGGGGGCAGAGUUACCUCAGUGCCAUCCUCCGUUUCUUUGUGAAGCAGCUGGCGAACAAGACCCCAGACUGGCUUAGCUACAUGCGGUUCCUCAUCGUCCCGCUGGGCUCCCACCCCGUAGCCAAGUACCUGGGCUCGGUGGACAGCAGGUACAGCUGCACGUUCCUGGACUCCGCCUGGAGGGAGCUGUUUGGCAGGGCUGAGGCCCCCGGGACAGAGCCGUUCGAUGUGGUGGGCCGCAUCGUGCAGUAUGUGGGCGGAGCCAGCACGACCCACCAGCUGCCUGUGGCCGAGGCCAUGCUGACUUGCAAGCAUAAGUUCCCGGACGAAGACUCCUAUCAGAAGUUCAUUCCUUUCAUCGGGGUGGUUAAAGUGGGCCUCAUCGAAGAUUCCCCUGCAGCCACAGGAGAUGGAGACGAUGCGCCCGUGGUCAGCCUGACGGUUCCCUCCACGUCCCCCCCCUCUUCCUCCGGCCUGGUGAAGGACGUCUGUGCCACCCCCCCAUCCUCGCCGUCCAUGAGCAGUGGGCUCGCUGUCGUGGGGUCCCCCAGCAGCCCCUACGGAGACGUCAUUGGCCUGCAGGUGGACUACUGGCUCGCCCAUCCCACGGAGCGCCGGAAGGAGGGCGAGAAGCGAGAUGCCAGCUCCAAGAACACCCUCAAGAGUGUCUUCCGCUCGGUGCAGGUGUCGCGGCUGCCCAGCGGCGGGGAGAGCCAGCCCUCGGGGACCAUGGCCAUGACAGUCGUCACCAAAGAGAAGAACAAGAAAGUCCCCACCAUCUUUCUGAGUAAGAAACCCAAAGAAAAGGAAGUGGAUUCCAAGAGCCAGGUGAUUGAGGGCAUCAGCCGGCUAAUCUGCUCUGCCAAGCAGCAGCAAACCAUGAUGAAAGUGUCCAUCGAUGGGGUGGAGUGGAGCGACAUCAAGUUUUUCCAGCUGGCCGCGCAGUGGCCCACGCACGUCAAGCACUUCCCUGUCGGACUCUUUGGCUCGAAGCCAGCGUGAUAGCGCCCGCCCUGCGGCCGGGCAGCGCCCACCUGCCAGGCCGAACCCUCAGCCAGCGUGAAGCCUCUUUGGCUACAUCCCACUCUCCUUACGUAACUGUGUUGGUAUGUUCUGCACUGGGAGGGCUGGAGGAGGGAGCACUCCAGUGCCAACCUGUCAUCCCCCCCAUCACCAGCUUUGUCUCCAGCUGCCACCGACCGCUUCCUCAUGCGUGUGCGUGUGUGUCUGUGUCUGUGUCUGGGCGGGCGCGUGCACCGCACUGGAUCCCCGUGCCCAGCAGGGAGGGACCCCAGCCGGCCCGAGACACGCUCCCACCUCCAGCCCGAAGCAGCCGUGGCUCACUGAACCGCCAAGCCAGGGAGUGCUUAGUGUGUGAGAAGGCUCUUGCCUGGCACAGCUGGCCAGCGGCUCUGCCGUCGCCUGUGGCCUACAUACCCCUAACCCCCUGCUGUAGCCCUUCUCCAAAAGCACAAGCAGCCAGGCCACGGGCUGGGUCCCCACUGCCAUCUGCCCUGGCAUAGCAUGUGGGCACAGGGGCCCUUCCAGCACAGCCUGCCCCCUCCUGUAGGCAGUGGGCACUCGCUGAUGCCCAGGGCCACUGCACUCCAGGCAACGUGUUCGCAAGCGGAGGAGAGCCCUGGUGUGUGAUGCUGCAGCUGUUCUAGCCACUGGUGGCUUUGUGUCUAGCUGGAAGAUGAGCCCAUGAGGGGAGCCCCCUGCUGGUGAAGCCAGAGAUGGGGGCAGUGGGGUUUGGAGGUGGGGGAGGGGUGUCUGCCUUUCCUGGCCUGCAGCAGGGGCGUGCUCCGACCUCCAGCUGUGUGUAACCAUCCCCUGGGCACUCGUGUUUGUCUCUAUCCUAAAUGUUUGCCAAGACCUAGUUGCUUAAAUUUAUCCCUGCCCCACUGCAUCAGCCCCCCCCCCCCCCCGUGUCUGUCACCUUUGCCACAUCACGCUGCCUCGCCAGGCACCACAGGACAGCAAACCCAUAUGCCAGAGCAACCAGCUCUCAGUCGCUGCAGGCUUGGCUUUCCCACUGCCCCUCCCCCCAUCCCACGCUCAGCUCUGCCCUGCCCCAUG